CAGGCCAGCUGCUCAGGACUGCACGCCCUGCAAGGCCCGGACAGUUAAAUGAUCAAGUGCUGCAAAGAUGAGGACCUAACUCCUGCGGAUCUGGGAAGCCUCGGCUCUGCAGGGGCCCCGCCCUCCACUCUCCAACCAGUCAGUCACAGCAGCCCAUUUCCUUCCGGCAGCAAAAGAAUCGCACAGCGCAGGCCCGGGUCAGGCCCCAGCCCCACCACGUCCUGUUCCCGCAAGCUCCUCCGUGCUGCCCUGAGAGCCUCCGACCCCCGGGUUCCUUUCUGGGAAGUCAGGCAGGGUUGGCUGCUGGCUUCGGGCUGGGAGCUGAUUUGAAUCUUGAGUCCAAGUUUUUCCACUGAUCUUGACACUGAACAAGGCUGGAGGAAGUACCCCUGGAGGUGCUGAGGCAGAGAGAGUCCAAGUGGCUGGACAUGCUCAACAACUGGGACAAAUGGAUGGCCAAGAAGCACAAAAAGAUCCGCCUCCGGUGCCAGAAAGGCAUCCCACCUUCUCUGCGGGGCCGGGCGUGGCAGUACCUGUCAGGAGGCAAGGUGAAGCUGCAGCAGAACCCAGGAAAGUUUGACGAGUUGGACAUGUCCCCUGGGGACCCCAAGUGGCUGGAUGUGAUUGAACGUGACCUACACCGGCAGUUUCCUUUCCACGAGAUGUUUGUGUCCCGGGGUGGCCAUGGCCAGCAGGACCUGUUCCGUGUGCUGAAGGCCUACACGCUGUACCGCCCUGAGGAGGGCUACUGCCAGGCCCAGGCGCCCAUCGCUGCCGUCCUGCUGAUGCACAUGCCAGCUGAGCAAGCCUUCUGGUGCCUGGUGCAGAUCUGUGAGAAAUACCUGCCUGGCUACUACAGUGAGAAGCUGGAAGCGAUCCAGCUGGACGGAGAAAUCCUCUUCUCGCUGCUGCAGAAGGUGUCGCCCGUGGCCCACAAGCACCUCAGCCGCCAGAAGAUCGACCCUCUGCUCUACAUGACCGAGUGGUUCAUGUGUGCUUUCGCCCGCACGCUGCCCUGGAGUUCGGUGCUCCGCGUCUGGGACAUGUUCUUCUGUGAAGGAGUCAAGAUCAUCUUCCGGGUGGGGCUGGUGCUGCUCAAACAUGCGCUGGGCUCCCCCGAGAAGCUGAAAGCCUGCCAGGGCCAGUACGAGACGAUUGAGCGGCUGCGGAGCCUCAGCCCGAAGAUCAUGCAGGAGGCCUUCCUGGUCCAGGAGAUAGUUGAGCUGCCCGUGACCGAGCGCCAGAUUGAGCGCGAGCACCUGAUCCAGCUGCGGCGCUGGCAAGAAACCCGUGGAGAGCUGCAGUGCCGCUCCCCGCCCAGGCUGCACGGUGCCAAGGCUAUCCUGGACGCGGAGCCCGGCCCCCGGCCCUCCCUGCAGCCUUCGCCGUCCAUCCGCCUGCCUCCAGACGUCCCCCUCCCCGGCUCCAAAGCCAAAUCCAAGCCUCCCAAAGAGACCCAGAAGGAACAGCGGAAGCGGACGAAGGCAAGCGGACAGCCAGACAAGCCACCGGCCCCAAAUCAAGCCGCUGCAGGAGAUGCGCGGCCCCCAGAGGACAUUCCCCCAAAAGACCUGGCUCCGCAGCAGCCAGCCCCCCAGGACUCGGCCCCCCAGGACUCAGCCCACCACCGCUCCCAGGAGAGCCUGGCAUCGCAGGAGAGUGAAGACACCUACUUGUAACCCCGGCAGCUCAGGUCUCCAGAUGGGGCCUCCACACAGCUACACGGUUCAUGGACUGACACUCCAGGGGGCCCUGGCCCCCUUCUCCUCCCAGGCCCUGGCCACUGCGCCAGGAGACAGCCUGGCAGGCCCAGCACAGAUUCGGCCUGAGCCUCCUUAUUUAUUUUCUCUAGGGUUGGAGCUCAGGCUGGCCUGGCCAGUGCAGGCCA